AAGCAAAAGUUUUAAACUUGCAAAUGAUGCAAUAAUAAAUAAAUCUGAAUCUGAAUCCUCUAAUCUACAAACAUUUCAAGAUAUAGAAAUUUAUAAUCUUACUAUAGCAGAGGAUGAGACAAACUUAUCAGGAACUUUUAAAUCUGAUGAAAUUACAGUAUCAGAAGUUGAUAAACUUCUUGCAGAAAUUUAUACUAAUAUAGUUUCAUUAACAAAAGAUGAAUCAAUCAAAGUAUGUGAUUAUCAUAUAGCAUUUAAAGAAGAAAAGGCUAAAGGUGCUAGAACUUAG